AGAAAGUGACCACAGCCGAAGCAUAUCCAGCCCUCUGAGCGGCAGGACUGCGACCAAACGGACUCAAUUACCUCAACGACUGUUUACAACUGGAAAAAGACACCGAGCGGAUCAGUGGAAAAUCUCACAUCCGAGGCAGAUUACACGUAAGGAAUCAUUGUGGCUGCUGAUUUUCGGACACUUAUUUUGCGCACGGCGGAUCUAUGAAGAAGCAGGCAGGGUUUUCACUCUCAACACCAGACCGAGGGAACAGGGAGUGAUUCACCCCCCCCCCCCCCCCUGCCUGCAGCCCCGAUGCCGGGCAUUAGCUCCACCGCGCCUCGUUAUGAAAACUGGGACAUGGACCACCUUGACCACUACCAACACUAUUUCUAUGACGACCACCACGACCCGGAUGAGGAUUUCUUUAAGUCCACAGCGCCCAGCGAGGACAUAUGGAAGAAAUUCGAGCUGGUACCGACCCCGCCCAUGUCGCCUAUCCGGGCGGUGGAAGGAUCUGGUAGGGUCGGGCUGCUGUGCCCGUCUCUGGGGGACAAACUGGAGUGGGUGUCUCAGUUCUUAGGGCAGGACGAUGAACAGCAGCAGCAGCAGCAGCAGCAGCAACAGCAGCAGGACCUGCCCUGCAAGCUGACCACGGCCAAUGACUCCUUUGGGAACUUGAGCUCCAUCAUCAUCCAGGACUGCAUGUGGAGUGGCUUCUCUGCCGGGCAGCAGCUGGAGAGAGUUGUAGGGGAGCGUUGCGCCCCCUGUCCCGGGACGGGAGCCGCUGCCAAAGUCGCAGCCGCGUCUGCCGUUACUUCCCCGGGGAAGGUGCAGGGUGCACCCGCCGAGGCGUCGACCCUCAGCGGACUGGCGGCGGACUGCGUGGACCCGGCUGCGGUGCUCACUUUCCCGUUAAACGGUGGAUGCAAGAAACAAGUGUCCUCCGGUUCAGAGUCUCACUCAGACUCAUCAGAUGAUGAAGAUGACAAAGAUGAGGAUGAAGAGGAGAUCGAUGUGGUGACGGUGGAGCACAAGCAGCAGCAGCGUAAACCUCGUCGGCUGGUCAACACUCGCAAACCAGUGACCAUUACGGUGCGAGCGGACCCCCUGGACCCCGGCAUGAAGCGUUUCCACAUCUCCAUCCACCAACAGCAGCACAACUACGCUGCUCCCUCCCCGGACACGCUCCCUCAGCCGGUCGAGCCGCCCCGGAAGAGGGUCCGGCAGGAGGCCGCCUCCCAGCCGCACCAGAACUCUCAUUACCACCAGCCCCGGCCCGGCCACGGCCCUCUGAACUUAGACAGCAGGAAGUCUCAUGCGAGUGUGGCUGGAGUCAGGUCCGAGUCGCCUAACCUCAGCCCCUGCUCUCCUACCUCCUCCUCACCUUCGUCUCCUCCCUCAUCAUCCUCCUCUUCCUCCUCCCAUUCCCAGAGCUCGCCCUCAAAGUCCCACUCGUUCUGCCACCUCUCCAGCCCCCAGUCCUCCGACUGCGAGGACACAGACAAGCGCAAGGCGCACAACUUCCUCGAGCGCAAGAGGAGGAACGACCUGCGCUCACGCUUCCUGUCGCUGCGGGACGAGAUCCCGGGCUUAGCAGACUGCCCCAAGACGCCGAAGGUGGCGAUCCUGACGCGCGCCACGGAGUACCUGCAGCAGCUGCAUGUCAGCGAGCGGCAGAAGGCUCAGGAGAGGAAGCAGCUGAAAUCCAGGCAGCUGCAGCUGCAGCAGAGGCUGGCGCUGCUCAAACGCUCCUGAGCGACGGGGGUCGGCUGUCACUACACGCGUACACUCACAGGACUACAUGAAGGAGAAAUAGACACUAAUGUUCACUUUGAUUUGAUCACGUUGGAAUAGUGCGGGUGGAUUUACUUUUUGUUUUAUAUUUUUUGUGGUUUGCACAUUUUAGCUUCUGAGUGAUUGACGAGGCCGUAAGCCGGUCAGGACAGCAAGCUAGGGACUGAUGUUAUGGGGCGUCUUACGGGCAGAUUAAUAUGUCCAUGGUUACUCAAUAUGGGUUUGUCAAACUGUUAUAUUCCCCCUUGAUGAACAUUUUUCAAAACUGUUGCUUGUUUACGGGAGGGCUUGCUGUGAAUGAAGCAGCUGCUAGUUGAUAAACUGCUACAACUGUGCCGUCUAACUGCUGCAUGGUCUGGUCAGACGUAUCUUGAUUGUGAUAGGGUUUGGUGUGCUUGCACAGCAAAGAUUUCUCCUCUUUCUGUCUGUCAUUUGCUAAAAGGGCUCACUGAAGUUUCUCCGUAGAGUCUCCUUCACAUGUUUUGUUAUUUGCAGUCCCCUUGCUCCUUAGCGCUUGGCAUGCAACUCUGAAAUGUUGUCAUUUUAUUGUGCCUUGUUUCGAAUCUGUGUUUUUUUUUUUUCCAUUUUCUUUUCUCUCAUUCUCCAUCUAACCUCUUCCUCCUUUUUUUUUUUUCUUUCUUGUUCUUCACACGUCCUCCACCGUGUCAGCAGUUGAAGCUUCUAGCUUUAUGGUUGCUGCUCAUGGGAAUUCAGGGGGCUGUCGUGGGACUGUACUGAGCCAUGCAUCGAUGACGUUACAGCUGGACACAAUGUGUUCUGCACCUCUGGAAUAGCUCAGGUUAACGCAUAACUUCUGUGCCUGCAGGUUUCCACUCAGCAGCACCACCACACCCACAGCAAACACCCGUUUUGUAGCAUUAUUUGGAGAAAAAUAUGUUGCCAUUCAAAUAGUUUGAGAUUAAUCCUAUUUUCAGAAAAACCUUUGAAGAUCUUCACCGAGAUUUCUCUUUAUUAUUGUUGUGCCAUGGAGACCAGCCAAAAGGUGAAUGUUGGCUUCAAAUGAUCAACCAAAAGGAAACUCUUAGAGAAUGGCUUAAAUUUAAUCGGUAUGUUUUUAAGCAACAUUAAAAAUGCUAACGUUCGCUUUGAGAUGACGCCCGAUGAGGUCCAACUGUACAUUUCUUUUAUCUUGCUGUCUGAUAAAUUUGUAAAUUGUUUUUUUUUUUUUGCAUUUUGAUGUAACGCCUAUAGAAGCCUUUCAAUGUACGUAGACUAUCCUGUUGGAUGUUAUGUAUAUAGUUCCCUUACUGUACAGUCCCUUCCAAACCAAAACCAGAGCGGUCUACUAUACUCAUCCUAGUUUUGUUUUGUUUGUUUCAGCCCUGCGUCCUACACCGGGGGCCAAGCUUGCUGGCUUUUCAAAGAUAACUCAAAGCUUCUAUUUUUGUUAAUAAAAUGAUAAUGAAAAUAAAACGCUUACUGAACAUCAUGAUCACACUAGACACUUUGUCACCACAUUUUUUUUAAAUGUUAUUUUGCAAUGCCUACUUGUUUUCUUUACUGUUCAUUAUCUGUCUCUGGGGUUUGUUUUAUUUGUACAAGUCAAGAGUUGACAAAAGUUUUAUACUAUAUUUUCCUACCAAGUUGAAUUUCAGUGUGAGCUAAUGACUGUUUUUGUUAUUGGAGCUGGCAGGGCUUUUACUGGUGGUUAUGUGCUGAAAAUUGGCAUGUGCGUUCUGCUUUGUCGCUGUGCAGUGGAAAAGCACCUGAACGCUCCUGUAUUCAAUCCAAUCACUGUAGCUGUAGCACUCUCUUAAAUCUGCCGCGGUCUGUGGGAAGGAGGGAGGAUUUAAGAGGAUCUACCGAUUUAAACUUCUGGCUGUGUGUGUAGCCUUUAGUGACCCUAAUGUUACUGCUUUUUGUGUGUGCAAGGUCUGUGCUCCCUAUUGUUCCCAUAAGCCAUGCAACAGAACACUGUAACCUGUGAAGUCGUACUGUAAAUGACUCUGUCAUGAUGAGUAGCAUGCUCUGCUAUCAACAGCACUCAGGAAACUCCCACGUGUAGCCUGUAGAUCUUGUGAUGAGGCCGUGUUUUGAAGAACGCACCAGAUGCUAUAAUAUGCUGUAACAUAAUGCCAGACCCACACAGACGGAAAGAGAACAUUAGUUUGGGGGGGGGAAUCGUGAUGUACGUGAACCAAUACUUCAGGAUAUUAUCAUUAAUGAUCUACGUUCUGAUUCUGAAUAAGCUGUAAAAUUUCUUUCUGCUAAUAAUUCAGCACAAACCACCAUUAGCCCUGAUUUCUUUAUUUUUCCUCUCUCAAUAGGUUGCACCCACAGCAGCCCCAUGUUUGUUUGUUUGACUUGUACUGGUCACUGGUCGCUGCUGUUGGCACAGUCACAGUAGCCGUGGACGUUGCUUACUGACUUUGGGAGUUUAACCAUGGUGAUUUUGGAGCCUUGUUUCAGCACUUUGUUUUUUUCUGUACCUCAUAAGCCUCUAUGUAUGAAAAGUAAGUCAGAAAAAUAAUAAAUUCAUGGUUUGACAUCAUAAAUGA